AUGGUGUUGGUUCAAGUAAUAUUUGGUGUGAUGAAUGCACUUUACAAAUUGGCAGCAAACGAUGGGAUGAGCUUGCGAAUCAUCGUGUCUUAUAGAUUCAUAUUUGCCACUGCUGUUAUGAUUCCUCUUGCUCUCGUUGCUGAAAGACUAGAAAAGCUUGCAUUGAGGACAACGGCAGGGAAGGCAAAGGUUUUGGGAACUGUAGUUGGAAUAGGCGGGGCAAUGGUACUCACGUUAUACAAAGGACUCCCAAUCAAUAUAACAACCCAUAUUAACCUUCGUCCUAAUGGCUCUAACUCCUCAGAUGCUACUCAUCAUCUAUUGGGUGCUUUGUUGGCCUUUGUCUGCUGCAUUUGUUAUGCUCUUUGGAUGAAAAUUAGCUGA